GCAGCCACCGCCGCAACUCGCCGUCCGAGAGCACCGCGCUUUCUCCGCUCUAUAUCUGCUGUGUCUAGCCUACGCUCGAAGAGGAUGGGCAUUGUGUUUAGUGGACGAUGCUACAGCAAGGCGCGUCUCGACAACAAGACGGCCAUUAUCACUGGCGCUAACACAGGCAUCGGUAAAGAGACUGCGUUGGACCUGGCCCGCAGAGGAGCGACCGUGGUGCUGGCAUGCCGAGACGAGCAGAAGGCGGAAACAGCGGCAGAGGACCUUCGGAAGCGGUUGCAGAGCUGUGACGGGGCGGGGGAGGUUCACGUACAGAGGCUGGACCUCGCAUCUCUCACUUCAGUUCGCGCCUGCGCACGACGGCUCCUGGAGCAGCACCCUAAAAUACACCUGCUCAUCAACAACGCCGGCAUCAUGGCGUGCCCGCACGCCGUGACGGAGGACGGCUUCGAGAUGCAGCUGGGCGUCAACCAUCUCGGCCACUUCCUCCUCACGUGCCUCUUGCUGCCCAGGCUGCGCGCGUCUGCUCCUGCCCGCAUCGUCAACGUCUCCUCGCUGGCGCAUUUAGGUGGUUCUAUCGACUUCGACGACCUGAUGUGGGAGAAAUCAUACAACGCGACUUUCGCUUACGCGAGAAGCAAGCUUGCCAAUAUCCUGUUCACCAAAGAGUUGGGUAAACGACUUGAAGUUGUCCGGAAUCCUAUAGGUACUGGCGUGACAGCAUACAGCUUGCACCCAGGAGUCGUUGCUACUGAGCUGAGCAGACAUUUCGACUCGGCGUACUUCCCUGGGGUGACCUGGCUCUUCAACAACAUGGCGCGCUUCGUCAUCAAGUCUCCUGAGCAAGGGGCGCAGACCUCCAUCUACUGCGCUGUUGAGGAGAGCCUCAGCAAAGAAACUGGACUCUACUACAGCGACUGCCAACGGACGAUGCCGUCGCGGCGGGCUCGGGACGGGGAGACCGCGCGUCGCCUGUGGGAGGAAAGUGCGCGACUCGUCGGCCUCAAGGACUGGGACCCAUGCACCGCCCCCGACGGCUCGCAGCCCUUCUGAACGCUUCUGCAACUCACUCUUACUCAGCUCUCACACCGUCACACAGCUAGUGACGUAACGUCGGCAAACAAGCGGAAGUCCGUCCUCCUUCUAGCUUUCGGGAUGAAGGAACUUCCUCUGUCACGAGAUAAAGGAGUAAGAGCACACAAUUUAGUACCCCAAAUCGGAACUCAUCCGUAAGCCGACGAUAAACAGUAUUGUACGGUAAAGGAUAAACAGUCCAAAGGUUGUGCAUACAUGGUCGAGGAAAUGUGGAGAAAACGCGCGCAUGUGUGUGUGUAGGUGGGUGUCAGGAACAGAAAGCCGACACUUCUCUAUGCCUCCAGUAUAAACUUGAAACGUCCCCUUAGAAAAAUUUAUGUAUGACUGUGAUGAUAAAACUCUUACGCUAUUUAAUUUUCAAACAGCUGAGCGAGACUGAAAGUACUCAGACAUUUCGCUCUUUACCUAUUCUGAUGAACACUAAACUGACACACAAUAUUUUUAGAGCAACGCAAUCUGACUUUCAUUAAUCCCUACAAAAGAAUGGCCCUGAUUAACAUUAAUCUAUACCUUUCAUGAAUCACUUACCUCACAAAAAUCUUCUUUACUCAAACUACUGCAAUACAGCGAGCGCCAAUACUGCCAGCUAACUACUGAUAGGCAUAGUUAGCAAAUGAAAGAGUUUGAUAAAGAACAAACGAUGUAUUCACCUUAACAGUG